UCAGUUCCAAAUGGCCAACAAGUAGAUGUUAGGAGAAGUCUGGCAACGUUGAUUUUACUUGUUUAAAUUGCGGUGUUGCAACAUAGUUGUGAGGAGAGCUUCGUUCGAAAUCCUGGUCUUCUUUGGUCACCUGAUGCCUAAUUACCUUAAAAAACUUUUGUGCUAAAUGGAAGUAAUGUGAUAUGAUAUCACCAAACUUUCCCGUUAUUAUGGACUCUACUGCCAGUACCACAUCGUCUUAUAUUGAUAAACAAGGAGAUCCGCAAUCAGACCGGAUUCCUAGCAAUGAGGAAAAUAGUACAUAUGGGCUAACUGAAAACAAACGAUUGGAAGAUCUAAAUCCAGACCUGGAAGAUGAUGAUAAUUUUUCCGACGACAGUUUGCGACUCAGGCUCUCCGAUGAUGAAGGUGAAUCAGAGCAAGCUGGUACAAUGGACACACCGGUAACUUCAUGCGUUAGCUCUGAACAAACUACUUCUCGGAAUAUAGAAAUGGGCACGCGCAAUCCUAGAAAGGAGAUAUCACCUGGUGUUGGAUCAUAUUUCGCAAGUGAUUUGAAAAAAACUGAACUUGAAAAGGAUAGAGAAAUGUCUACAAAAUCUGAUAAUAAAGAAACUUUAGGAGAAAACUGUGUCGAUGGUGAAAUGAACUCGAACACCAUGUGGCCAGGAAGGAUGCUUAGAAACCAUUCAUCUAACUUCACUCGAUCUCCUAAAAGGUCUCUACGUGGCCAUUCCUUUUGUUCUAGGCCCGGCUAUAAUUCCGUCAAUUCACCUUAUUACAGUGUUCGAAAUAACUUUGGAAUUCGAUCGAGUCACCGCAAUCAAUUUAGUCGCACUGGCUUUGCUAAAGGAAAGUUUUUUCGCAGUGGUACCAGGGAGCCUCACAGAAACAUACUCAAUGCACGAUCCUUGAAAGCUGGGCCUGAAUGGCACUUAAAUUCAGAUGCACAAAUUGGUGUUACAGUUUCAAACGAGACCCUGGCUGAGGCCUCUCUCCCUGCCACACAGACAUUUUUAAACGACUUUGAUAACGACAAAGCGGUGCUACUUCACUCCACUAACACAAAUUCGGAAAACCCCUCGAAUAAUGGUUUUGAUAAAAAAACAUUUGGCAUUAAUAACGACUUAUCUAAGGAAUCCAAUUACCCUAAUUUUCAUGAUAGACCGACUCCAGUUGAAGUAGAAAUGAAACGGUUGAACUCUGAUCUGAGUGAAUGGAGGUGCUCUAGAAACCUAUCCCACAGUUAUGAUACUCGAUUUUGCUCUGAUGACUGGUUUGAAGCACCACAUGUAAAUGAUUCCAAGCCAGUACAGUCGACUGAGGACCUUCCAACAGUAGCAGAAAAGGAUCCAAAUUCCUCUAAAAGGGACAUGUGCAUUUCACCUGUUAGAGAUGGCGAAUUUUCGAAAAUUAUAGAGAACUUUAAAGAGGAUAAAGAAAAUGUUAUUAAUAAAGCUGCAAUCUUGUCGGAGACUGACCUAAGCUCCAUCAAACCAUCAAAUGAUAUAAAAAAAUCAGAACUUGUUAGUGAAUCAAAUAACAGCAAACUAGAUAGUGAUGCCAAAGAAAAUGUGCCACGUGAUAUUCAAGAGGCAGUCAAAGACAACAAUGAUUCAAGAAAAUCAGAUGAAGUUGCCAAUGCAUUGGAUAAAUUGCAAAAUCUUCACUCUAGAGUAACUUCAAAAGUAGAUGACUUGGAGGAAUCUCAAAAUUCAGACCUCCAAUCUAAAAACUUAGUUGGACUUGAGAAGGAAGAAGUGAAAAGGUCUAGCUCACCUGAUAAAAAUGAAGUAGGUGAGCAUGCUGAUGAAUAUAUUUCCACAAAGAAAACAGUUAAUGAGAACACUGAUGAUAAUGAUACUUUGGCCGAUGAAGAAAAAGAGAACCUUAGUUUAGAUAGUGAACAAAUUAAUAGUGUGGAAAAUCCAAAUCCUCUACAAAUUAGAGGGGACAAGAGAAAGAGAAAAACUGUUUCUAGCGAAGCUAGCUGUGAAACAAGUGAUAGUUUUAAACAAAUCCCAUCAAAAAAAAACCUAGCUGAACCUGAGCAAAAUGAACAAUUGCAAAGUGAGACUGGUAAGAAGCGUGUGUUGAUUGGUGAGGAGUCUAUUAAUGAUAAAUUAACCUAUAAGAGGAUAAAAAUUUCUCCUGACCCAUGUCAAAGCACUUCCAUUGAACAACUUGGAACUAGUACUAUCUCUUCUUCUCCCAAUGAGGAGAUGAAACCAGUAUCUUCUGAAAAGUGUCAAGAAAACUCAACCAAUCGUCAAUCCCUUAAUUAUGUGCGCAAAUUUUUCCAAAGGGAUAUCAAAGGCAAACUAACAAAAUUGACACGUGAGGAAUUGGAGGAACUUCUAAUACAGAAGGUUGUAGAAACAAUAACAAUGCGUACCGAAAGUGGCAAGUUACGUGAACAAGCAAGAAUAUCUGAACGCAAUUUAGAAGCUACUCGGGUUCGUUGCCAGCAACUCGCGAAGCAAAUAAAAGAUUUUGACAUGGUCUUGUCCCGCAAUGCUGUUGAUCGAAAAGCGAACAAUGAUAAACCUGUGCCUCCCAUAAAAAUUAAUAGAUCUGUUGGAUUACAGGUCAAUUUUCAAACGGAAAAUGGUAUUCAGAACUUACGGGGGCUAGCAGCUAGUAACGCUAUGAAGCUAAAUGUUUCAAGCCCCACCACUGUCAAUGGUACCAAUGUGACCACGGGGUCUCAAAAGCGUGCCUCCACAACUGCAGCUCCACGACGAGGAAUAAAAGUUCGUUCACCUCGGAGAGCAAGCCUGCCCAAAAAUUCCUCAUCACCAGUCUGUGCCCAGACUUCUCCAGCUAAGCUCACAUCUCUGGUUAUGUCUAAACAAAAUGAUAUCCUACAGAGUGGGGCUACUCCCAACAAAAUUAACGAACAAAUCUUACCAAAUCUGAAUGUCGCUCAAUCUACUACUCCCAAAAACAAAAAUGUUUUCGUUACUGGAAAAGUCUCAACCCAAGGAAACCGGCCAACGGGCAUUUCAAAUAAUAAGCCCGAAUCUAGUGAUUUAAUUGAUCUUACGGAAGAAGAGGAUAGAAAUAGAUCAACUGCAAGUGGUAUGUUUAGUACAUUGCCAAUGGUUGCAUCCGUCUCAUCUACAGUUCGACCCAAGUCUUUACAAAAUAGGUUUCAACGAGUGGUACAAACAACAAUACCUGGAAAUGUUGCAAUCACUACCCAACCCAAUAUAAGGGUGGUGCAGUCUAUCAGUCAGCCAACUCCUACCGCUCUGGUUAAUAAUAUCAAUGCCACAAGGUUGGCAUAUGUCAUGCAGGGUAGCCCAGGAUCUGGAAGACCAGUACUCAUAGCACCAACUUCAAACCAAAUACGACCCGCAACAUCCACUACUCGAGGUCAAUUUCCUGGUGUUGCUUACAAGGCUGGAAUCUCAACUUUGGCGAAUGGUGCAGUUCGAGUAUUAACUACAGCAGCUGCGGCGGGAGUUACAAAUACACAUCCACCCCCAGCGCCAUUGCCAGAAGCGCCGCGUUAUAAAGUAAUAAAUGGGAUGAAGCUACCACCCCCGCCACCCUCGCUUAAAAUAUCAAAAGUCCCACAAGGUAUAGUUUUGUCUUGGAAUAUGGCCCAAUCGGACACCUAUGCAGAGAUUGCGAGUUAUCAGCUCUACGCUUACCAAGAGACACCAGGGACACCGCCGAGUUCUGGAUUGUGGAAGAAAGUUGGAGACGUACGAGCCCUGCCACUGCCAAUGGCGUGUACUCUCAAAGAGUUCACACCAGGAAAUAAUUAUCACUUUGCUGUCAGAGCCGUGGAUAAACAUUCCAGAUAUGGUCAAUACAGCAUCCCACGAAAAAUUUCUUUAUAGUAAAAGCAGAGCAAUACGUUAUCCUAUUAUCGUAAUUACUAAUUAAUUAAUUAUACUAAUCUAAGUUAUCUAUGACAUCGAUCGAUUAAAUCACAUUUAAUGGAAUCAGAAAAACAAAAUUUCAAUUUGAAAUGAGUUCCCCAUGCGUGUAGUUAUUGUCAAAUAUAGCGAAACACCGAAUUUCGGUUUAAUCAAUUGGGUGUCUAUUUGCUUUGUGUGCGUCAGUGAUGGAAUGUAAAUAUUAGUGAUUUAGUGAUGAACUAUAGUAUUAAAAAAUAUAGUAUUAAAAAAGUGACGUAAUGUCUAGUGCAUUAUUUCAGAAAAACAUGCUUCAAAAGUGCUGUUUUAUGAAUAACUCAAUAAAGACUGGGUUGUUCUUUUA